AUGAAAUCGUUUCCUAUUUUGAACGAAGAACAAACGGAUUCCCUAGUGGUGAACACUCUUCAAUGGAGUCUUGCUAACGGAUUGGUGAUGUAUCCACCCAAUUUCCAGCAAUACAGUGCUGAUAAUGCCCCCAUUUCAUUGUUUCCAACCCCCAUCCCCAAAUCCAGUUUUGAGGAUGCUAUCAAUAUCCAGCAAACAUACAACGAGCUUUACUCCAAUGUAAUCACCAAGGACAAGAAGUGGCUUGUGCAAAACAUCGAGCAAUUGUCGCGAUUCGACAAGGAUUUUACCGGUAAGCUUUUUGAUAUCUACAAAACGCUUAUUAAUGAGAAUGGCAAAGUUCCUCAACCGUUGUCAUUGGGGAUCUUCAGGUCUGACUACAUGAUCCACGAAGCUGACAACAAUCAGAUCAAGCAGAUUGAAUUCAACACUGUAAGUGUAUCAUUUGGUGGAUUAUCAACCAAAGUCAAUCAGCUUCACAACUACUUGAACAAAUCCGGGGCCUAUGACACUGACUAUUCGUACAAGUACUACGACGACGCUGAGAUUCCUAUUUCUUCGUCGAUAGACGAUAUAGCUAAGGCUCUUAGUAUAGGGAACUAUUACUACAACGGGGAAGUGGAAAAUGAUAAGACAGUCGUGUUGUUUAUUGUCCAGCCAAAUGAGAGAAACAGUUUUGACCAAAGACAUAUUGAGUACUCUUUGAUCAACAAUUUUGGCCUCAAGAGUGUUCGUUUGACCUUGGAGGAAGUUUCGGAUAAAACCACUGUUAAUAGCAACAAGUUGUAUUUGAAACAAACCAUGGAUGAAAUUUCGGUGGUAUAUUACAGAAGUGGAUACGCUCCCACUGAUUAUGUUAGUGAGGAAUGUUGGAAAGCCAGAUUGCAUUUGGAGAAUAAUGUGGCCAUUAAGUGCCCAUCUAUAUUGACCCAGUUGGCAGGUGCAAAGAAGAUCCAGCAGAUUUUAACUAACAAACAGGUUUUGGAGACCUUUUUACCUGAUUUGAGUGAGACAGAAUUAGAGAAAGUUCUUUCCACAUUCGUGAAGAUUUAUCCGUUGGACGACUCGGAGGAAGGUAAAAUUGCCAAGCAGUUAAUAAAAACUGACCCUGGAAACUUUGUAUUAAAACCUCAAAGAGAAGGAGGGGGUAAUAAUAUUUACAAGGAAGACAUUCCUUCGUUCUUAGAAAAAUUGGAAGAAAAAGACUGGGGUGCUUAUAUAUUGAUGGAACUUAUAACUCCUCCUAUCCAUAAGAACAAGUUGCUUAGAAAUGAUCAAAUUUUCGAGGAAGAUAUCAUCAGUGAAUUGGGGGUAUUUGGUACCAUUUUGUUUGACGAAUCCAAAGGAGAUAUAAAGUACAACGAAACCAGUGGAUUUUUGUUAAGAUCAAAGUUCAGCAGCAGUAAUGAGGGAGGUGUUGCGGCUGGUUUUGGAUGCGUAGAUGGUGUCUACUUGUACUAG